UGUGUCAGGCAAGUCCGCCAAGAAGGCAUCGAAGGUGAAGGUGCUAAAGACGAAAAGACGAAGAGGAGAAGGAAGGAGAGUUAUGCUAUCUACAUAUAUAAGGUGCUGCAUCAGGUUCAUCUGGACACAGGCAUCGCCUCGAAGGCCAUGUCCAUCAUGAACUCUUUCGUGAAUGACAUCUUCGAGCUUAAUGCCGCCGACUCGAGUCGAUUGGCACACUACAACAAGAAGUCCACCAACACAAGUCGCGGGAUUCAGACAGCAGCGCGUCUGCCCUUGUCCAGUGAGUUGGCCAAGCACGCAUUGUCGGAAGACCUCGAAGAUUUGUAG